AUUAUCGCUGGAUCUCCCUCGCUUUCAUUUUCUUCUUCUUGUUUUAUCUGAUUCGCUAAAUAGAAAGAUUUCUGGUUAUUUGGAUAGGGCUGGAUGGAGGCGGCGAUGGAUCUCAUGAGGAGAAUCUCGCCUAACCAGGGUGAGACGGCGCUUUCAGCCUUGCUAGCCAUUCUUCCCUCCCACUCCUCCGAGCUUCUCUCCCAGGUUGAUCAGCCUCUUCAGGUCCUCAUGGAUGCAAAGUGUGAAAAGGAGUUCAUACUUUGUGAAUAUAAUAGAGAUGCAGAUUCAUAUAGAUCACCUUGGUCGAACGAGUAUUAUCCACCUUUAGAAGAUGGAUCUCUCCCAUCCGCUGAGAUGAGGAAGCUAGAAUGUGAAGCAAAUGAUGUUUUUGCUAUUUACCGUGACCAGUACUAUGAAGGUGGUAUUUCCUCUGUAUAUAUGUGGGAAGAUGAUGGACAAGGUUUCGCGGCUUGUUUCUUAAUCAAGAAAGAUGGUUCAAAGAGUGGGGAUGGAAGAAGAGGGUAUUUGCAUGAGGGGACUUGGGACGCAAUCCAUGUUAUCGAGGUGGGAGCUGAGGAAGACGGAAAAGCUCAUUACUGCUUGACAAGCACAGUUAUGCUUUCAUUGACUACAGAAGGCAAACCAUCUGGCACUUUUAACUUGGCUGGAUCUAUCAGAAGACAAAUGAACUGUGACUUAGCAGUCGCAGAUGGUCACAUUUGUAAUAUGGGAAAGAUGAUUGAGGAGAUGGAGGGUAAGCUCAGGAAUUCACUGGAUCAGGUAUAUUUUGGGAAGACGAGAGAAAUGGUAUGCACUUUGAGGCCACCACCUGAAGGCAUUCAAAUGAAAUUACCAGAGUAAAUGACAUGGAAUUAUCCAUACUCUUUAUUACUGCAGUGUCAAAAUUUUUCUUCAAUUCUAUUGAUACAAAUAUAUGGAUGUCCUAAGUAGAAAUAUGUAGUUUCAAUUGUGGAAUUUUUUAUGA